AUGAUCUUUCCGAGCGCUUCGUACAGUGCCCUGCACACGCCAGAUCCAGAGCAGCGUAGCGGGGCCGUGCUUGACGGACGUAACCCCCGCUCGCCCCGACCCUGCCUGCGGAACCACCUCUCCGAGCUCCACGGCCACCCCGGCUUCGACCCCCACCAGCUCGGCCUCGACCCGCGGGAGCGAGGCUGCCGUCCCGUUCUGCCGGGGCAUCUGCGGGGGCUGACUGGGACCCCGCGCAGCCUGCCGCUCACCUGCCCGCUGCAGGGCUCCGCGCUCCUGGGGCUCCGGUACCUGCAGACGGCGUUGGAGGGGUCGGGGGCGGCCGUCGACGGAGAGGCCCGGGGCUUCCCGAUGCCCCGGGGACUACGGGAGAUGUUGAGAAGCGCCCGGCCACGGGGGGCGAGGGACAACAGGCUGGGGCCCGAAGAAGCCCCGCCCGAGGAGGCCGCACCCGAGGCCUAGCGCCCCUCGAUCGAGCGCCGGGGAGAGUACAAGCCGACGGAAUCGGCAGCCCCGUUCCCUGCCCGUAGCGAGUUUACGAGUCUAGAGGGGGAGAGAGAAGAGGGUUAGGGGUUGGGGCAGAGGAUUCGAGGCUCCAGCCCCUUCCCCUGAGAGGUGGGAGAGGGGCCGACCUCGGGCCAGAUGGAGGGGACCCGGGGACCCGGGACGACGACACGAUCGGCAGCCGGGACCCGACGCUGCAAAUAGAAGGGACUCGGGAUGUGGCCGAGGUGGCGGGAUCCAGGGAGGAUCAACUCAUUCGGCCCGGAGCCCUCUAGCUGGGAGCGGGAAGGGAGGAAGGCAGGCAGGGAGAAAUGGGGCAGGAGGAGGGAUGAAGCUGGAAGCGACGGAGGAUCGAUAAAUCUGGUUUAUCCGAUGCCACG